AUGAAUGAAAACAAUGAAACCUUGUCCAGUGGCUUUACCCUCAUGGGGCUCUUCACUCACGAUGAAGGCUCAGGAUUCUUUUUCGGUGUCAUUUGUGCCGUCUUCUUCAUGGCCGUGAUAGCUAAUGGGGUCAUGGUCUUCCUGAUUAACAUAGACCCUCAUCUCCACACCCCCAUGUACUUCCUCCUCAGCCACCUCUCCCUCAUUGACACAUUCUACAUCUCCACCAUUGUGCCCAAGAUGCUGGUAGAUUAUCUCGUGGGCCAGGGGACCAUCUCUUUCAUCGCCUGCACUGCUCAGUGCUUUCUCUACAUGGGCUUUAUGGGGGCUGAAUUCUUCCUGCUGGGGCUCAUGGCCUAUGACCGCUAUGUGGCCAUCUGCAACCCACUGCACUAUCCUGUCCUCAUCAGCCAGCGGGUCUGCUGCAUGAUCCUGGCCAGCUCUUGGUUUGGCGGGGCUUUGGACAGUUUUCUCCUCACCCCCAUCACCAUGAGUCUCCCGUUCUGUGCCUCUCACCAAAUCAAUCACUUUUUCUGUGAGGCACCCACCAUGCUGAGGCUGGCCUGUGGGGACAAAACCGCCUAUGAAACAGUGAUGUAUGUGUGCUGUGUUGCAAUGCUGCUGAUCCCCUUCUCGGUGGUGACUGCAUCCUACACCAGGAUUCUCAUCACAGUGCACCAGAUGACAUCGGCUGAAGGGAGGAAGAAGGCCUUUGCCACCUGCUCCUCACACAUGACUGUGGUGACAUUAUUCUACGGGGCUGCCUUGUAUACGUAUAUGCUUCCCCAAGCCUACCACACCCCAAUCAAAGAUAAGGUCUUCUCUGCCUUUUACACCAUCCUCACCCCCUUAUUAAAUCCUCUCAUCUACAGUCUGAGGAACAGGGAUGUGAUGGGUGCCUUGAAGAGAGUUGUGGCAAGAGGUUAA